GCGAAAUCCUCGAUUCGCCAUGGCGGACGAGGCCUUUUUUUCUUCUCUUGCGUCUGGGCCGGGCCCUCUACCAAAAAGGAGGUGUCCGCCCCAGACCGCCGCGGGUCGGCGAUUCCGUAAUUGGAAACUGGUAGGUGCCCCGGAUGUCGGGCGGCAUCUUUUUUUCUUCACGCUACUCAUGUUUUAGUCUGAUUGUUCACAUUCCACCCUUGGCCUCCUUCCCUCGAGUGCUUGUCUGCGUUUGAGUGCCGUGCUGUUCUAGUUAUUUCAAAUCUAUUGUUUUUUUGUUUUUUUGUUUUUGCCUGAGCACUGUUCCUUUACGUUUUUCUCGCCCUAGAAUAUUUUCAGAAUUUCACUUUAUCUUGGUGUAAUUCGCAAGUGGCCCUCCUCACCGCAUUGCUUGUGUGGUUACGGAUAUCGGAGUGCCGUAUUCGCCAUCGAUAGUAUCCACCUCCGUCAACACAGGCUGUUAGCCUCCGCUACUCCUUUAUUAUUAUCUUGAGUUUGUUGGCCUUCGCCGUGUCGCAAACUGUUUAGAGUGACCUCCCUCGGCAUCACCAACACCGCCAAGAUGCAACUGAAACAUGACGAGUCGUCCGGCGGCGUCGCCGUCGAUGCCAGCCCGGCGCCGGCCUGGGAGAAGGGCUCCUCCAGCCUCCCGCUCGGCCAGCACGUCCCCGUCGCCUCCAUCUCGGGCCCGACCUACGUGACGGCCCAGCUGCUAGUUCAGCAGAUCGCCUACAAGCUGUCCGACAAGAUCUUCUCCUACUCGCCCGAGACCUUCGACCUCGACCUGGCCGUCAGGCGCUGGGCCGCCGAGAAGGAAACCAACAUCCACGGCUGCGCCACGGACGUGAUCCCGCUCCAGAUCCGGACGGGUGCCGGCGCCUUCGCUCUGGGCUACAUCUUCUCCAAGGACUUCGACCUCAGCCGGCGCCACGUCCCGCAGUCGCUGCUCGCGCCCUCGGCCGGCCUGCGCCACCUGCGCGCCGCCCUGGACCAGCUGGCCCUGCUCUACGACGUCGCCAGCCCCUUCGUCGCCCACGUCGCCGCCCUUGACUACACGGCCAGCGAUGGCCUGGUGGCCGAGUACGGCGCCGCCCUGCAGGCCGCCGAGGACCUCGGCCUGGGCCUGGUCGCCAGCUCGUCGGCCUACGAGGCCCAGCACAUGGCCAUCCUGGCCACCCUGCUGGCCCGCCUGCUGCCGACCCUGCACGUCUACGACGGCGUGCGCGUCGCCCGCGAGACCCUGCGCGUCGUCGACGCCCUGAGCGAGUCCGGCAUCCGCCAGGUGUACGAGGCCGUGUCGCAGGCCGUCGGCGCCACCAACAAGCGCCUCGAUGUCGCCGGCAAGGUGCUCGAGACGCUGCGCGCCUUCAACGGCGAGCUCGGCACCGACUACCGCCCCUUUGAGUACUUUGGCCACGAGGCACCCGAGGCCGUCGUCGUCGUCUUCGGCAGCGCCGAGUCCCAGAUCGCCAGCGAGGUCGUCUCCCACCUGGCGGACCAGGGCAAGCGUGUCGGCGCCGUCUCCGUCCGCAUCUACCGCCCCUUCAUCGAGGAGGCUUUCCUCGACGUGCUGCCCGAGUCGGUGCGGCAGAUUGCCGUCUUCGGCCAGGUUCAGAGCGAUGCUCUGGUGCAGGAUGCCUCGGUGCAGUCUGCCUUGUACUCGGACGUGCUCGCCGCCGUGGCUUUCUCGAGCAAGUGGAACCACGAGCCAGCCGUUGUGGACGCCAAAUACGCCGCCACCGAUAUCAUCAACACGAGCACCCUGGCCUCUGUGCUUACCAACCUAGUUUCCAAGGAUGGCCAGGCCUCUGUCGGGGUUCGCCUCAGCCAAAUCCACCAGGUUAAUCAAUACUCCUUCUGGGAUGUUGACAACUCUGCUGCCACAAACUCGCCGGCCACAAUUGGGCGUCUCCUCGUCAAGGAGUCCUCCAGCAACGUCUACGUGCACGGCGUUCACGACAGCGUUAUCCAGGGAGGCAUCAUCCGGACCGACAUCCGUAGCUCUGCAAAGUCGAUCGAUGCUCCGUACGAGAUUGACGAGGCUGAUGUUGCCUUUGUGGGUGAGGAGAAGCUUCUCAAGGAGCUGGCAAUUCUGCAAAAUGUGAGGCCGGGAGGCAAGCUUAUCCUCCGGUUGCCAAACUGCAAGCCAGAAGAUGUCGAGAAGCGCAUCCCUGCAAAUGUGCGGUGGGUGAUCCACGAGAACAGCAUUGAGCUGUUCGUCCUGGACUCUUCCUUCUCGCCGGCGUACGAGAGCAUCGCAAAGCAGCUGGUGGAGCUGGCUUUCCUCAAGGUUGCCAGGCCCGAGCUGUCGGUCGACGAGCUGGUCAAGCUGGCCGACGGAAUCGAGGACGCCCAAGUCAUCAAGGAGAGCAUCAACGCCCUCGACGAGGCUCUGCGCCAAGUCGAAGUUCCCAAGUCCUGGGUCGAGCUCCCGUCCGACUUGGUGGCAACGAACCUGCGUCUGUCCAUCAAGAACCGCAGCUUUGUUCCCUUCCAUAAGGAGCAGCCGGAGGAGGUCCUGGGGCUUUCGGACUGGAAGGCCGCCGCCAAGGCCCUCGCAUUCAGGGAAGCCUACGCGACAGCCGAUGAUCUCCGUCCGGACCUUGUAGUCAAGACAUUUACGGUGAGCGUCAAGGAGAACCGCCGCCUGACGCCGCUCACCUAUGAUCGCAACAUCUUCCACAUCGAGUUCGACCUCGGUGAUUCUGGUCUUACCUACCAGAUUGGCGAGGCCCUUGGAAUCCACGCGGACAACGAUCCCGUGCAGGUGCAGGACUUCAUCAAGUCCUACGGCCUCAACGCUGAGGACAUCACCCAGGUGCCGUCGCGGGAGAACCCUGCGGUGCUAGAGACGCGCACCGUGUACCAGUCGCUGGUGCAGAAUCUCGAUAUCCUCGGCAAGCCCCCCAAGCGCUUCUACGAGGCGCUGGCCGAGUUCGCCACGGACCCAAUCGAGAAGAAGAAGCUCGAGGACCUCGGCGGCAAGGCCGGCGCCGACAGCCUCAAGGAGAGGUCCGAGGUGCAGACGCUGACCUACGUCGACCUCCUCGACGAGUUCAAGUCGGCGCGUCCUUCGUUCGGCGACCUGGUCCGCAUCGUGUCGCCGCUCAAGCGCCGCGAGUACUCGAUCGCGUCGGCCCAGGCCGUCACCCCGACCAGCGUGUCGCUCAUGAUCGUCGUCGUCGACUGGGUCGACCCGCUCGGCCGCACGCGCACCGGCCAGGCCACGCGCUACCUGUCGACCCUGCCCGUCGGCGCCACCGUCACCGUUUCGGUCAAGCCGUCCGUCAUGAAGCUGCCCGCCUCCGACACGGCCCCGCUCAUCAUGGCCGGCCUCGGCACCGGCCUCGCGCCCUUCCGCGCCUUCGUGCAGCACCGCGCCAUGCAGAAGGCGGCCGGCAAGGAGAUCGGCGCCAUCCUGCUCUACAUGGGCAGCCGGCACCAGCGCGAGGAGUACCUGUACGGCGAGGAGUGGGAGGCGUACGUGGACGCGGGCGUCAUCACGCUCCUGGGCGCCGCCUUCUCGCGCGACCAGCCGCAGAAGAUCUACAUCCAGGACCGCAUGCGGCAGACGCUGGACCACAUCGUCAAGGCGUACGUGACCGAGGGCGGCUCCUUCUACCUCUGCGGGCCGACCUGGCCCGUGCCCGAUGUCACGGCCGUGCUGGAGGAGGCCAUCGCCUCCGAGGCCAAGGCGGCCGGCCGCAAGGUCGACCCGCGCAAGGAGAUUGAGAGGCUCAAGGAGGAGGUGCGAUAUGUGCUUGAGGUUUACUAGGUAGUUUGUUGGUUCUUAUGUGAAGUAUUUGGAGGCAAAAUGUCCAUAUUAGGCAAGAUUUAGAUAAAACUUACGUCUCACGAAUUGACGCAUCACACUAUUGUUUUAAUCGUG